AACAGUUGUUAAACACCGCUCAGUCGUUUUAGUGCGUCGUAAACGUUCUGGUCACGUUUUGAACUGUCUUUUAAAUUUGUUAAAAAAAGAAAAAAAAAUUAAAAUAGGAUUUUAAAUUUGAACGUUUUAUAAGCGUUCUGUUUUAAGUUUUCAUCGCGUGGGAGAAAGAGAAACAAAUCCACCUUUCAAAAUGAAUGAAGAAGUCAACCCAAAAGCGUACCCGUUGGCCGACGCAGCCCUCACGGCGAAAAUACUCAAUCUGGUACAGCAAGCCUUAAACUACAAACAACUCAGAAAAGGUGCCAAUGAAGCUACUAAAACUUUAAGCAGAGGAUUGUCUGAGUUUAUUGUAAUGGCUGCGGACGCGGAGCCGCUGCAGAUUUUACUUCACCUCCCCCUUCUAUGCGAAGACAAAAACGUACCCUAUGUAUUCGUCCGGUCCAAACAAGCCUUAGGGCGUGCUUGCGGUGUGUCGAGGCCUGUCGUCGCCUGUGCCGUGACGAUCAACGAGGGUUCUCAGAUCAAAGCGCAGAUAACAAAAAUCCAACAGGACAUUGAAAGAUUACUUGUUUAGAGAAAAUAAUUUGAGUUUAUUUUAUAACCUUUUUUUGAAUUAAUGACUUUUUUGUAAAUACAUUUUCUUUUACA